GACGUUUUGCGACAGUGCCGUACGUCAACACGUCGUCAUUACAGAGUGAAGUGCGUCUCUUCGGAGCAGAUACCGGCUGAGAGAAACGCAGCUACAAGAGAAAGGAAUACAUUUCGGGUUCGUUUUCCACUUGGACUAUCUCCGAGCACCGUGCAUCCCCUCCGGUACAAACAAUUUACCCGGAAAACUCGAUGUGGAAGCUGGGCUGAAGGAAGAAAGGCCCACGCUGGGGAAGGCAACUAGCUAGAUUACCGAACCGAGCUCGUUGUAGUAGCCUAGUUGCCUCCCAGGAGCGGAUACAUUAAGCCCAAACAGGGGGGGGAAAAUGGACUAUGAUUUUAAAGUGAAGCUGACUGGCGAAAGAGAGCGUGUCGAGGACUUGUUUGAGUACGAAGGCUGCAAAGUGGGAAGAGGUACCUACGGACAUGUUUACAAGGCGAAGAGAAAAGAUGGGAAGGAUGAUAAGGACUACGCCCUGAAGCAGAUUGAAGGCACUGGCAUCUCCAUGUCAGCCUGCAGAGAGAUUGCACUGCUGCGGGAGCUGAAGCACCCCAACGUCAUCUCACUGCAGAAGGUCUUCCUGUCGCACGCAGACCGUAAAGUAUGGCUGCUGUUUGACUACGCCGAACAUGACCUCUGGCACAUUAUUAAGUUCCACAGAGCGUCCAAGGCCAACAAGAAGCCCCUUCAGCUGCCGAGAGGAAUGGUCAAGUCUCUGCUCUACCAGAUCCUGGAUGGCAUCCAUUAUCUCCACGCCAACUGGGUCCUCCACAGAGACCUUAAACCAGCAAACAUCUUAGUGAUGGGGGAAGGGCCAGAGAGGGGUAGAGUAAAGAUUGCGGACAUGGGGUUUGCUCGUCUCUUCAAUUCACCGCUGAAGCCUUUAGCCGAUCUCGACCCUGUGGUGGUCACCUUCUGGUACAGAGCACCUGAACUACUGCUGGGGGCUCGGCACUACACCAAAGCCAUCGACAUCUGGGCGAUUGGCUGCAUCUUUGCCGAGCUGCUGACGUCUGAGCCCAUAUUCCACUGUCGCCAGGAGGACAUCAAGACCAGUAACCCGUACCACCACGACCAACUUGACCGCAUCUUUAACGUCAUGGGCUUCCCUGCUGAUAAAGACUGGGAGGACAUCAAAAAGAUGCCAGAACACUCCACGCUGAUGAAAGACUUUAGAAGGAACACAUACACAAACUGCAGCCUUAUAAAGUACAUGGAAAAACAUAAAGUCAAACCAGACAGCAAAGCAUUCCACUUGCUGCAGAAGCUGCUCACCAUGGACCCCAUCCGGAGAAUCACUUCUGAGCAGGCCAUGCAGGACCCCUACUUCUUGGAGGAGCCCCUGCCCACCUCUGAUGUGUUUGCAGGCUGUCAGAUUCCCUACCCCAAGAGGGAGUUCCUGACAGAGGAGGAGCCGGAGGACAAGGCAGACAAAGUAAGAAAUAAAAACCAGCAGCAGCAACAGGGAAACAACCACACAAAUGGGGCGGGGCACACUGGCAACCCUGACAACAGCCACGCCCAAGGCCCGCCGCUGAAGAAAGUGCGAGUUGUCCCGCCCACCACUACCUCAGGUGGCCUCAUCAUGAACUCAGACUACCAGCGCUCCAAUCCACAUGCUACCUAUCAGAACCCUGGACCAAGCACAUCACUGCCCCAAAGCAGCAUGGGAUACUCCUCUACCUCCCAACAGCCGCCCCAGUACUCCCACCAGACCCACCGCUACUGAGACCCCCUUCCUAAUCCACACACCCGUACAUACACUUGUAUACACACACACACACACACGUGCCCACCUAAACAAAUGUACUGAGGGAUAUGGUGGGGAUGUCAAAGGCAACAAACCACCCCGCCCCGCCCCACCCCACAGAGGGCACUUUCUCUCGUUAGGUCAGAAUGACGGCAGCCUACACGUCUUCAAGAUAACACACCCACAACAAAAUAAAAACCUGAUGGGUGAAACACGAGGGGGGAGGAUUAAAGGAACAGAUACUUUGGUCAAUCUAAACUGUUUCUGUUACUCGGAUGUAAUCGAACCUGCCAAGAGAAGAUGGGUUGGUUUGGGGGGGGACACGUUUUACUCUGCUGUGUCAUCUCCGCCCCUCUUCUUCGACACGUCUCCACACCCCGACCCCAGCCAGUUACCCACUUCCCGUUGAAGCUUGGAUGAGACAGAAAGCUGCUAUGUGACUCCCAUUUAUUUUGUGUGUUUGGCCCUGUGAGGGCUCAGCUGAGGACUGAACUGAGCUGCUUUGAAGCAUGCUGGGUGAUGAGGAGCCCCCACAGCUGUGGCAUUGAAAGUUUUUGUUCAGAAAGGACAAAAAAAAAAGGUGACAAAAAAAGAUUUUAGUAGUUAAUUUAAUCUGUUUUCAUGGCAAGUGUGGCAAAGCAGCUGAACGCUCAGCUGCUGUACGCUGUGGGCCAGCCUUACAACAUGACAAAACAACCAAUCGCAUGGAGGACGGCAGGUGGAACAUGCAUUGUACUGUAUUGUAUUGUAUUGAAAUAUUUUACAUGAAGCAAGUAUCCUGACAAUAAAAGAGGAAACAUUGAAAUUGUGUGUAUGUGCAAGCAGCUAAUGAGUAAUGCAACUA